AUCGGGUACCCGUUGAGGAUGGCCCAGCAAGCUCACAGCCCGUCAAAUCGGAUUAUAUAUUAGAAUGAAGUAACCAGUAAACCCAUCCUCUGUUGACAUUUCCUGGCAAUCAGGAUCUCUCCGGAAACCCUAAUUGCAGAUCUACCGUUUGACGGAAAGAACGACAUUUAAUCGCCAUGGAUUACACAAGGAAAAGAAGUCAAGGAGGGCUCUUCGAAGGUCUCUACAGAGUUAUCAUGCGCCGCAACUCCGUCUACGUUACCUUUAUCAUCGCCGGUGCCUUGGCUGGUGAACGGGCUGUGGAUUAUGGAGUUCAUAAGCUUUGGGAGUACAAUAAUGUUGGGAAACGGUAUGAAGACAUUCCGGUGUUGGGGCAAAGGCAAUCUGAAUAAAUAAAUUAGUGAAUUCCAAUUCCUUUCCAUAUGAAAAAUUUGGAGUGAGCAUCUUCCGAACAUGAUGUAGUUUUUUGUUGCAAAUAAGUGUUAUUAUGCCCAGGUGCAUCAAAUGUAGUGAACAAUGGUUUCAUUCAUUGAGGUUUUGGAUUAAACUGUCAGCAGUUGUGAUUAUUUGCCUGGGAACAUCUUAUUCUUAUUCAGUUUACGGAAUUUAAUCAUGUUAUAUCUGUGUUUUUAUCUAUA